AUGAGUACGGUGUGCUUUCCAAGUAAAGGUAAACCCAAAGACACGAGGGCAGGGCUUGGCCACGAGAAAGCUCCAGGAAGACGAGCCAGAGGCUCAUCGCUGGAUCGUUCUCCAGACUGCACUGACCAGUCUCUGAGCCAGGCGGUGCAGAGGCUGUGGCCUCCGCUGCCAAGCAGAGCUGAUGCCGGUGCCGGAGACCUGCCUCGGUUCCUGGGCGAGUGGCAGCAUGCCCUGCCUGACUGGCGCUAG